UUGGUGGGCAAAGUUUUACACAAAGCUCUUGGGUACAAAAAGUAAAUGACACAUAAUUGCACAAAAAAGGCGCAUUUUGACAUUUUUAAUAAUACUAGAGUUGAGUUGAGAAACAGCCAGUUGCGCCGGCUGGUGCGUGUGAAAAUUUAUUUUUAUUGUUUGUUGCUUUCUUACUGUGUUAUGUUAUUAGUACUUAAUGGAUCCUUGCUUUGUGGACAUUACAAUAGAAUUUCUGUCGGUUGCAUUCCACAACAUUCUAUAUUACGUUUCUAUAUACCCAGCAAGCAUAUUUGAAAUAAGAAAGAAGUACAACGUUGUUGUUUAUCGCUCUACACAUCCUGAAGUGAAUGAAUACAUUAAUUUAUGUCUUAAAAGUAUUGCAGAAUGUCUGAACAACAAUCAGUUGACACGUAUAGAGUUUGCAGUUACUAAUGGUGAACAUGAACCAAUUUUAAAGUUUAUCUUUGAUAUAACUAUCAAUGAAAAUUUCACGGAUACGACUGACGCAUACUUAAUCCAAACUGAGCAGAAUCUACGUGCUUUUUGCCUCAGUUUAGCAUCAAUGACUAGAAAAUACACUAAUACACUGGACGACUGCAGUUUUACUAUCAGUCUUCAUACAAACGAGUCUACUGCUGUUGCAAUGGCUUCAAACCCGGAUUUUGAAGAAUUCCCCCUUGUAGAGGUGGACGACAGGAGUGAGGAAACAAAUAAAAUACUACCUUUAAGAAGGUUAGCAAUAAGAAAUUAUAACCUGGACACAUACAUAGAAAUAAAAUAAAAUUUAUUAACACAUUAGGUAUUUAAUAUUUAUUGUAUAUAAUUAAACCAGAGAUAUUGUAAUAAGUAAUUCUGUAAAUAUAAGGGAGUUGUCCAACUUAUUAAUGUGGAAUAGUCAAUGCGAUGGUGUUUUACUUG